AUGUCAUUGCUGACGCGUGUGGCGCCAAGCAGGCUUGUCCCCGCAGCCAAGGGGGUCUUUAUAACACAUUCACUGAAAAAGUUUACGCCUGUAGAAAUCGACCCGCCGCCUGACGCCAUUGCACCACCAUACUUGGUGAAUCUUCUUCGCACACCGCCGCACACAAUUUCGCUUCGACGUUUUUUGGCUCUGCGGCACCAGUUUAGCAGCGGCACGUACUUCAACGUGGCCACACCGGGAGGAUGGUACUUGAUCGUACCUCACACCCACGCCCCACUUGCCGACCGCGUGGGGCUGCAGGUAUGGCGAGAGAAGCAUCAUCACCGCUACGAGCAGAAGACCACAGAGCGAAGCAGAAGGAAGAAUGAGACAGUGUCUUUAAUGCAUGAUUCAGCAACGACACAUGAAGGAAUACCACCACUUGGGACACACGACGGUGAUGAGAGGGCUUCUGCUACCGCUGUACAGGAACGUCUUUACCAGGACGGUGAUGAUGAUAACAACAUGGAGAAUGAGGCAGAAGAUGAGGGUGUUGGUUUCCAUGCGGCGGCUGCAUCUCUCUCUGGCUCCCGCAAUGCCGUGACUCGAGCGUCACGGCUUGGGGCAUCGCGGGUUUCCAUCCCUGAGGAGCACCUGUUUGAGAUCAAUGACGGGGUUCUAUGGGAAACACCUCCUCAGGAUGACCUUGGCUGUCCUGCAUACUGGAAGCAGCACAGGGUGCGUAUGCAGUUGUACGAAGACACCAGCGUUAGCGCAGCACAGGGAGAUUUUUGGCCACCACCCAGCUCAGAAGGUCUUAACGAGGCCCCUGGUUACAUGGAACGGGAACGUUACGUCCAGCAACAAAGAAUAUUGCAGACCUUAACGCGCAAGGCCAAUGUGAAGCUGAAUGUUGACGAUGAUCAGCGUCUUUUGACACUUGUGCCCAUCAUUGAUCUGAAGGAGGGCGAUGAGUUACUGCUUCAUUACGGUCGUGAAUGGUGGUCGCAGCGGUUACUUUCCACUCUAUUCAUGUCUGUGCCUGACAGCAAGAUGCGUGAUGUUCGCUGGAUUGAGGCACUCUUCACGAAGUCCACCGAUGUGAGCCGACCAUUUCCUCAGCUCUGCUCUGCUGUGGCGCGAAGGAAGCUGCCGAAGCAACGGAAAAUAGGUAAAACUGCGCAGGAUUCAGAGCUGGUGAAUGCUGAGAGCACCGUGGAUGCAGCAGCACGGCAGGAUGCGUUGGUGUUGUACAAUGUGGUGACGCGUCGCAAAGCCACGGAUGCUGAGGCGCUCAUCUACGCUGUGCGUCGGAGCUGUGUUGAUCGGAGCUUUUUUUCGUCUCUGGUCGGAGUGGCUGGUUCGGGUGUGUUUGACGCUUCACAUUGCGACGACGAAGUGCCACUCCGUCAGCUGCGGCGUGCGUUGCUGCAGUCGUUGCGCCAAGAAAGCGUCUCGGAAGGCAAGACAAGCACACCGGAGGCUGGAUGCGAUGAUGAUGAAGGGGACGGCUCACUCAGCUUUUGA